CAUGUCUCGUUUAAUUUUGAGCAUUCACAAAAGGAGAAUUCCAUUUUUUUUUUCCUUAUGCGGAUGAACUAUUCAGUUCUGGGAGGGAACCGUAUUAUCAUCCAAUUGUGCUUGCAAAAUUCUACAUCAAAUCGAAGUCUAAUUGAUUUCUUCCGAUCACCUACUCCGUUUCAAAAAACCUCUGAUUUCAUUAUAGUUUUGGCGCUGCUUGGUGUAUAUGUUAAAAGAUAUCUAUGAGCAAAAGAUGUCCGACAGAAACCUAACUAAGGUUUUUAUCAGUUUCAAUUGUUUUCAAUUUGUUAUGUGUAGAUUUAAUUUUGUCAAAUUAUUGGAUGUUAUUAUGAUGUGCGGAUGUUAAUUUUAUCUUUUUAAUUAUUGGGUUUCAUAAUCAUUAACCUUGAUCAGGUCAUCCCUUCUACUCUUGGCGAAUGAUUGAUUUGCCAUCAUUUUCCUUGCAUAGAACACAGUUUAUUUUCUGAAAAGAUAUCUAUGCAGGUCCUUUAUAUACAAGUUAGUUGGUAGAUUAUUUUAAAUAAACAACUACUGGUUAUGUAUCUGGGGUUAUUGUUGGGCUGGUCUGAGAUGACUCUUUAUUAUCAGACUACUUUAAUUUCGCCGUAGGCUUACACAGAUUGUUGACAUUAGCAAUUAGACUUUUUAUAUUAACUGUAUUACUUUGCAGUUUGGUUAAAGAAUGUGCUGCAUAAUCUGAGUCCCUGUUUGAAGAUUUGGUACUUGUUGUGUAAACUAUAUACCUUUAAAUAGUGGUUUAUUAAUGCUUUAAAUUAUAGGUUUCGAAUUCCUAGUUAGUUCAUAGUAUGGUUAAGUUAAUGUCGGAGGAUAUAGGCGUCCCGUUCGAACACAUUCUACUACGUUGUUGUGCUGCUUCAUUCAUGUAUUUAAUUUUUAAGGAUUAUUAGUCGGCCUUGGGUAUCUUUUGAUCUGUUAGAUUGAUAACUAUUGCUUCACAUGAAAUUAAAAUGGGAAUGGGCAUAUACAGUUACAGAAGUGUCUACAUCAACUGGGAUAUGAUUCAACAUUACUUUUUUAGGCUUUUUCAUAUAUUGAUUGUGAUGUGUGUGUGGUUGCAAUAAUCUCAUCUUUAUUUUAUUUAUUUUAUUUGGUUCUUCUAUUGGAUAUUUUCUUAAUAUCUUGGUUAGGCAUAUCCUACUACCCAUAUGGAUCACUUGGCUGCUUGAAACAUUGGUAUUGCAAAUUAUUUCUAAUUUCUAUAGACUUGUGGUGAAUUUUCUGAGAACAAUCACUGUCGCGACCGGAUAUUCAUUUUUUUUUUGUUGAUUUUACAGAAAGACUAAGACUAAGAGAUCCCAUUGUUCGGGGACAACUACGUAGAAUAUGACUGGAGGAAAGAGUGGCUCAUAAUGGAAGGAUACCUAUUAUCGUUGAUGAACAAUAUGGUGUACUUCUAGGAGAACAUCGAUCUGAUUUGGCCGGUGAAUGUCAUACGAUUAUUCAUGCUUUCGCUCCUAUGGGAUACAAGUCAUCGGAAACAAUCCCUGCGCAAGAUAGGGACAUAUUAAUUGAACAGCUAAAGGAUAAUUUCAUACUAAACACCACAAGUCCAUAUGUUAGGAGAUUUCUGAAUUAUCGUAUGUCAAAAGGUUAUACCAACUUUAAGCGUGAAAUGCUGAUGCAUUUUAGAAAGUAUGCAAGUAUUGAAGAAGCGCGGGGUAAUCCUUUUGGAAACAUCUCACCAGCAAAUUGGUCUAGUUUGUGUGACCUCUUUGUUUUGGAGAGAAUUAAGAAGUGUCCUGAUUGUCAUGAGAAUUUUGAGGCUGUAAGGCCAUACAUUUUAAGGUUGAAGGGACGACAAAGUCUUCAAGGGCAUCCGUUGCCAGUUUCACAGGACGAAAAAAAUCAAUCUACACAUAAACAUAAAGAAGAUGGAAAGAAUUAAUGAAACCAACACAGGUUUUAGGCACAACGCACUCAGUUAAAUAUUGGUUCUUGAUCCAACUGAUUCCCAACCAUUUAAGAUCCAAAAGCUGCUUAGUGCUUAGUUUUGAUGUUACUCCUUGUUUUUAGUUAAAGUUGAAUGAGUAUUAGUUUUCUUCAGUA